AUGACCGGUGGACUGAGAUCGAUUUGGAUUGUGAGGCACGGCGAACGCGUGGACAAUGUGGACCCGAAUUGGAAAAAGAACGCGCCUCGAGGGGCUUGGGACGACCCUACGUUAAGGUAUGCGCCGAAAAGUUCUUCUUGUGAAGAAAAAAUUUUAAAAUUUAACAUUUUUUGGUUUCGAACUUAAUUUUUCUUCCCUUCACACACUUAUCAUGCCGAUUAAACACGUAUUUUACCUUGCCCACACUCAAACCCUCUUUCGCAGACCUAAUUUUUAAAAUUUUAGUGACCGUGGCCACAAACAAGCUCAAGAAGUGGGAGUUCAACUAGCCAAACAAAGUGAACGCAUUGAUCAUGUUUUUGUUUCGCCUUUCAUUCGUACUGUACAAACUGCCAACGGCAUUUUGGAUGCCAUCGAAAAGGCGAGUCCUGAUGCUUACAAAAAUGGAGGACAUCCAGUAAUGUGGUUGGAGCCUGGAUUUUCGGAAUCGCUACAUGUUUGUCAACCUGUUCCUGGAUAUUUGACGCCCGAGGAACUUAAGUAAGGUUUUUUAGGGUGUUGUUGAUCAAUUUUUUGCCUGUUUAGCCGUGGUUUAUCUAUUUUAUUCCGUAAAAAGUGCAUUUAGUAAGGCUUAGACUUAAAAAAAUCGUAAUACCAAGCCAAAAGCGCGAUAUUUCUUCUCAACACGUCUAGACUACAAUAAAAAGCAUUUUUUUGAAUGGCUAAACUAAAAAUUUAUAUUUCCCAUGUUUUAGACAACAAUUCCCUAGAAUCGACCUCAGCUACAAACCAUUCCACACUAAACAUUAUGUAGAAACUACUUCAACUUGCUGCCAAAAACGGAUCUCACAAACACUAGAACGCGUGCUGAACAACUACGGUGGUAAGGCUAGCUUUAUUAUGCCAAUACUAAGCUUGAAUAUCUUUUUUACUAAAAAGGUGUCCAGAAGGCUUUAAAGACCUUUUUUAUUUGACAUUGACUUCAAAUUUUCAAAAAAGUAAAUUUUUGCUUUAUGUUAUAGUAGAUAAAUCCAAGUGUUUACUGAGCGUUCUAUGCUAAAAAAUAGUGCCAUUUUAAUUUUCUAUUAACUUCCUCAUCAUAAAAAUAUGCCAAUUCACCUCUAGCUACUAUAACUUUUCAAAAUAAGCCCAAAAAUUUAUCAUCACUCUUUUCAGGCAACAUUCUAGUAGUCUCGCAUGGUUCGCCGAUUGGCGCAUGUCACGUUGCGCUUUCAGGCAAAUAUAUUUACGUUGGCCAAUGUACGAUCUCAAAGUAUCGAAUUCACGAGCACACCGACAAUCCCACGGAUAACCGCGAAAACGAGGAGGAAAUAGACAAAGUUGCCCGGGAUUGGAUGGUCAUGACAGGGAAAUACGUGUUCAAACCGCAUUUGGUCGGCGAUUCGACUCACUUAUCCGACCGUUCCAACCUGCGCGACAAAGAGUGA